AUGAGCUCGGAGCCUGCAUUUCCGCCCGAGGAGUAUUCUGCUUCGUUCCAAGCUCUCACUCGCCUUUGCGCUGAUAAGGGUCUGUUGAGUCGGCCGAAAGGCAUCGAAACCAGCGACCGCUGUGAUGGCUUAUCCGACUACCCAACAUUAUUGCGAUUCUUGAUCGCACGAAAGAACGACCCCAAUGAUGCGGUAAACCAAUUACAACAAUCCAUCGAUUUUCGGGACGAGCGAGAUAUUUUGCAUUUAUACGAAGUCAUAGAUACUGAGGAUUUUGAACAAGCCCGUCAAUUCUAUCCACACUGGACAGGAAGAAGAAAUAAGCAAGGGCUUCCAAUUUGUUAUUUUGAUAUUUCUAAGCUUGACAAAGGCGCUUUGAAUUCGUGGGAAGAAAGUCGUAAGUCCGCCGGCUGGAGCUUAUCAAAAUGUGAGACCGGAGGCUCCCCGAAGCCUGAUAUGCUGCAAAUGGCCUCCGUCUUUCAUGAUAGUCUCGUCCGAUUCGUCCUUCCACUAUGCGCCAUGAUGACCGAUCGGUCGAACUCGUCUACGCCAAUCUCGAGUUCUAUUUAUCUCGUCGAUGCGUCCGGUCUGGGUUUAAAACAAGGUUGGAAUCUCAAAACAUUCGCCCAAGAGAUAAGCUGGCUUCUCUCGACAUGUUAUCCGGAAACAAUUUUGAAAGUCUUUGUUUGCAAUGCGCCUUCGUAUUUCGCAACGGUCUGGAAAUACCUCAAGAAAUGGGUAGAUCCCAACACCGCCGAGAAAAUCGAGGUGUUGGGCAGUCAUGAAGUUUCUGAUGCUCUGAAGGAACAUAUUGACGAUGCCAAUAUUCCCAAGUCUUUCGGGGGGACUUUGAUUUUGAUCACGGAUCACUUCCCGCGCUGGACGAAAGUAUUCGCGAUCUUUUGUGAAGCUGCGAAUAAAAAGCUUGAGGCAAUGGCCGUAGGAAGCUUGGGAGGGUUGAAACGUAAUGACGUUAUUGCAACGAUCGACUUAGGUGAAGUUGAGUGCUUCUAG